GACAGGAGGUCAGGGCUGGCGCACGUCCCUCAGGCCUCCCUCUUUGCCCCAGCCUCGCGGGCCGCCUAACCGCCCCAGUCCACGGGUGCUACCGGGCCGCAGUGGAAAGGAACUUUUCCGUUGGCUGCAUUUAAUCACCACCCAUUCCCGGCUCCACGUUCCCUUUAAGCGGGGCUGCUGGUGCCGCAAGGAGGCAAAGAACCGGAUUGCGAUUGGCCAGCGCCUGCCUCGGUCGGCGGCACAAUUGGAUGAGGCUCUGCGCUUUCGGCAGCAUUCUCCGACGGGAUUGGUCGCCGCUCUCCCAGAGCCCGCCUCCCGCAGUACGGGCGGUGCCGGGUCGGGUGUGAGAAGGGGCCUCCGGGACGAAGAACAUGGCGGCGGCCGGUCUCGCUCACAUUCCUGACGUGGACAUCGACUCGGAUGGCGUUUUCAAGUACGUGCUGAUCCGAGUUCACUCCGCUCCGCGCUCCGGAGCUCCGGCUGCGGAGAGCAAGGAGAUCGUGCGCGGCUACAAGUGGGCCGAGUACCAUGCGGACAUCUACGACAAAGUGUCGGGUGACAUGCAGAAGCAGGGCUGUGACUGUGAGUGUCUGGGCGGCGGGCGCAUCUCCCACCAGAGCCAGGACAAGAAGAUUCACGUGUACGGCUACUCCAUGGCCUAUGGUCCUGCCCAGCACUCCAUUUCCACCGAGAAAAUCAAAGCCAAGUACCCCGACUACGAGGUCACCUGGGCUAACGACGGCUACUGAGCACCCCCAGCCCCUGGCCUGCCGCCUCUGGCAGCCACUCUGGAGCCCCUGCCUUUGCCUGUCCCCAUCGUGCAGGGCCGACCCUGCCCACUACUGCCACAGCCCCUGGUGAUGUGCCACCUGCCAGGCCUCAGAGACAGAAUUAAAUGUAUUGCCAACCUGCCGGUCUCUG